AAGAAAAAGAAUCCACGAAGAAGCCAUAACUGGUAAUGGAUACCAUGUCUUUCACAUACAAAAAUCAUAUGAAUAAACAAGAGAAGCUUCUUUUUCACACUAUAUAAGGCCACAUUCCCAUCACAAUUCAUACAAACAAGCCUUCAUAGCUUUUAUUUUCCAUUAUUUACUUCUAUUUCAAGCUUAAAAACCAUAACCAUGGUUGCCAUCACUUAUGAUAUGGAGGUUACCUCCUCACUCCCAGCUGCAAAGAUGUUCAAAGCCAUGGUUCUCGACGCCGACACUCUCAUUCCCAAGAUCAUGCCUCAGGCCAUCAAGAACGUGGAGAUCGUGGAAGGAGAUGGUGGUGUUGGCACCGUGAAGAUCAUUCAUUUUGGUGAAGGAAGUCAGUAUAAGAGCGCUAAGCACCGCGUGGAGGCCAUUGACAAGGAGAACUUGACACACACCUACAGCAUCAUUGAGGGCGACGCUCUUGCAGGUGUCCUCGAAUCCAUUACUUAUCAUAUCAAGAUCAUCCCAACGGAAGAUAGAGGAUGCAUCUGCAAGAACAGAAGCAUUUACAACACCAAAGGCGAGGUCGAGAUUAAUGAGGAGAAGAUAAAGGAAGGGAAAGAGAAGGCCAUGGCUAUGUUCAAGGCCAUUGAGGCAUAUGUUCAAGCCAAUCCUGAUGCCUAAGUGUCAACUCAAUUGCAUGAUUCUCUCAGUUAUGUUGUUCCCUUUUAAUGCUGGAGUUUGUGUUUGUUCAAAUUGUUUUGUUCUGUUUUUGUAAUGUUGUUAUUUUCUUCAAUUUGGUGUUUUGCAAGUCUAUAAAUUGAUGCAUAUGGCAGGAUUAUUAUGAUCCAUGGAUUGUUUCUAAUUUGACCAUAGUCAUAUUUAUUCACCUAUUGUUGAAAAAUCAAUUAAGCUUGUUUUGUACUAGUAUUUUCAAUGUGUAUUUUUAUUCUGCGUUAACUUCUUACAACUACAUAUUUGUUUGAAGCAUGUGUUACAUAUAAAGGAAAGAAUAUGGAAAUGAGAUAGAAAGGAAAGAAAGGGGAUUUGCAAGUUUGCAAUAGAAAGU